AAACGAUGAAAAAUGGAGAAGAAGGUAACUGUUAAGGAGAUGAGAAUCAACAGUUGUGUUUUAAGUUAUAUAACUUGAUUAGAAGUAUUGAAUGUUUAGAAAAGAUGAGGAAUUUCAGAAGAGAUAUAUCCUUAUCUCCGCGUCGGGACAAAUUAGCACCCCGACUGUGUGUUCGGUUGAAACCUGUUCGCUGGAAUCUGCAAAUUACCUUUUCUGCCGCCUCGAUAUAAAGGACGCCGGACAUUCGGAAUGGUGCGAGCGAGCCUUUUACGCCAGCGAUCUUGCACGAGUGUUGCAAGUACAAAUGAGCGAAUUUACGUUUCGACUGUUGCUGUCGAUGCAUGUUAAGGAAGCAGCAAUACAUUUUGCAAUUGAUAAUCUUGAACACGUCUUAUUACUCGUAUAG